UCGUGAUGCGCGUUUGCCCCUUGCAUCUGUAGAGAAGGACGGAAGCGCCGGGAUGAACCUCAACCAUAUCGUCACGUCGUAGCACCUCGGUCUUUCUCGAGUUUCGUUGUUUGUCGAAGGAUCACAAACGGUCAAGAGGUGAUCGUUGAGUUCAGCCACGUCCCACGUUCAUAUAGACGAACAUUAUCGAUAUGAUUGAUGUGCGCUGCAGCCUAUAUUGGAAAUCUUUCCGUGUAGUGUCGCAAAAAUUGGGACGAAGAAAGCGUGCUCUCAUUCGUUCCGCUCAUGACUCAUGUGGGAUCCAAGUGACAGCAUCAUCAUCGCAUGUGAGAACUGAGGCUGUUUCGUACGCUCUCGACAACAUUUUCAAACGACCACAAUAAUUGGAAGGGAACUCGAGAUACUGAAGGCAACUGGUGGUCGCGAUUGUAUUUCAUACUAGAGAAUCACGAGUGCGGUUUGUGUAUUCAGAGAGUAGCAGCAGAAAAUGACGACCGAGCCUCCUUCGGCUGCAGUGCAAGGGGGGCAGGAAACGGACGUGAGCAAUACUGCUGCGCCGGCUGAAACCCAGACUGGGGCGACUUCACAUCACCAAUCAAACUCAAGCCAGAGCAAGAAGCAGGUUUGUCGAUUCUUCAACUCAAAAAAAGGUUGCAAGGCGGGCACUCAAUGUCCAUUCAUGCAUACACAGGCUUCGCGGCCAACAGUGUCAGAACCCAAGCCUCGAGUGUCAAAGCCAAAAGCACGAGCAGAUGGCCUUGAAACUUCUACUCCCCAGCGUCAGUAUGAGCCUCGAGUGGAUCGGUCCAAAGUGGUCUCUAGACCCGUACCCAAGACCGAACGAGAAGAUCCGCGAGUAUUUCAGUUGGGUCAGCUCCGUCGUCGCUUCGCUCCCGCCGAGGAGUCUGUGCAAGAUGCAACUCUGCUCAAGCUGAAGCUGGCCCCAAGCGACCCCGAUUUCCCAUUUGAUCUUCCCUUCUUAAAGUGCUCUCUCACUGUUCCAUUAUCAUACCCAGAGGGCAAACCAAAGCUUCGUAUAACAAACUCGGAGAUGCCACGUGGAUUCCAACUCAAUGUCGAGCGGGGAUUCGAUCAGAUCAUCAUCGACUCACCAGACGCGACACUUCUCGGGGUGUUUAAUCGUCUUGACAAGCAGCUUGAAACACUGCUGUCUGGUGAGAAGGCAGACACCGUGAAAAUAAUACGCAAUGCUCCGAAGAACGAAUCUCAACCUCAACCUCCACCAGUUGCUCAAAAGCCUCGGCCACAACAGGCAAAGACUGCUCGUCGCACAGAGCCCACGCAAACAUAUACGACCGAACAGAAAUUGCAAGCCGAAAAGAAACGUCAAGCGGAUAUCAGACAGCUCGUCGCUAGGCUUGGUCGAUUGCCAGGCUUCGUCCAAUCUUCUGACGACAUCUCAUUCACCCUUCCCUUUCAGCCCACCAAAAAGACGGCCUUGCCUGGAGCAUUACAAAAUCAAAAGUUGAUUCGCUUGGUUGUACCUCAGCUCUAUAAUCUACACGCGCCACGCAUCGAAGUAUUUGGCAAUUAUGACCCCGCAGCGAGAGCUCUCGAGCAAGCAUUCCAGGACCGAGUCAAGGCUGAGAGCGAGUCAAGCUUGAUCGCCCAUAUCAACUAUCUUACCCAGCAUGCACAUACAAUGUCCUUGGUCAAGGAACCAACCCCUGUGCCAGAGGUUCAGGAGCAGCCACAAGAAGCGGUCAGAGCGGGAAUUGUGGUCCCUAUAUCAUCCCACACGCCUGGUACUUUUGCGUCCGAAGACUCUGACAAGUCUCACAUCCACGUCAUCCCGAGGCCUCCAGAAUGGAACAAUGAUGGACCGGAUGAUUGGAGCAGUGACGGUUCGGACUCAUACGAUAGCGGAGACGAAAACGAGGAGGAUGAGACUCCAGAUCAACCAGAGCAACCAACUGCCACAAAUUCAGGGCUUGCGGAGCGUGGUAUAAUGCUGUCUUUCACCAACUUGGAGUUGUAUGGCUGUGAGCUUUUAGAGCUGGUUUCUCUUAGCAUCACAGUCAAAUGCGAGCGCUGUAAAGAUCUGCUCGAUGUUCCGCGGCUGAGGAACAAUGUCAAUGCCGACGUGGCUGGUAUGCGGGAUGAAAUAUGCAAGAAGUGUGCGAACAGCCUCGCAAUUGGAUUCCGAGCCGACCUCAUCCACCAGAAUUCCGUCAGAGCUGGAUACUUGGAUCUUGACGGCUGUACUGUGGUUGACAUGCUUCCGAGCAAUUUCAUUCCGACGUGCUCGGAGUGUUCGACAUCUUACCCAGCCCCCGGCGUUAUUGGUGUUCGAGGAGACUCAAUUCUAGCCAUAUGUAGGGAGUGCCACCGCAAGAUGAGUUUCCGGAUACCGGAGACCAAGUUUUUGCACGUCAGCACAGCUUCCGUCCGAGCGAGUCGCGCGCCGACACGUAGAAAGGUCAAAGAGAACCUUGGCAUCGUUGCUGGACAGGAACUCCCAAGACGCGGUCGUUGCACACAUUAUGCAAAGUCAUACCGAUGGUUCAGAUUCUCAUGCUGUAGCAAAGUCUACGCCUGCGAUAGAUGUCACGAUGAGAAAGAGAGUCAUCCAAAUGAACACGCCAACCGGAUGAUUUGUGGUCACUGCUCGAGAGAGCAGAAUUACGCGCCCGAAAAUUGCCAUUUCUGCCGGGCUAGCCUGAUUGCAAGAAGAGGUCACGGGUUCUGGGAGGGAGGCAAAGGUACUCGGGACAAGACCCGAAUGAGCAGAAAAGAUCCUCGUAAGUACAAGCGAAGACCUGGCACCAAGGUCGGUGGUAGCUAGACGGAAGGACAAGAUCAGCGCCUUGUCUCGAGCGCGUGACUUUCAAUUGUCGGAACCGCAGCAAGGUCGCUAAAGAUGACGGUAUCGUUGCCUUCGCGAUAGCUACUCAUAAGGCGGAUGAAGGUCUCGAAUGGGCAGAUCAUGUUUUGAGAUCAUUAUGCACCGAAUCCGGAAUUCAUCGCUAUUAGCAAGAAGCUUUACAAAUCAUGUCAUUGUGAACGGUUAUAAGUACUCGAG